CCUGUGCGCCUGCGCGGGGGGCCCGCUGGGCCGCUGGCGAAUCGCGGUACGAGCAGGGUGCAUGCGUACCGCGUCCCGAGGCGCGCGGAGGGAAAAAUCCGCGAGAGUGCGGUGGCGGAAGAUGGCGGUGCGGAGUCAGAAUUUGUUAUCUUUGUGACUAGCCGAGUCGACUCAGUGUUCGGGUCAUGGCGGCCAACUCUACCAAGUCUUUCCUGGCGGACGCCGGCUAUGGCGAACAAGAGCUGGAUGCCAACUCUGCUCUGAUGGAACUGGACAAAGGUCUGAGGUCUGGUAAACUUGGGGAACAGUGUGAAGCAGUCGUUCGCUUUCCUAGGCUUUUCCAGAAGUAUCCGUUCCCUAUUCUCAUCAAUUCAGCAUUCCUAAAGUUAGCUGAUGUUUUCAGAGUUGGAAACAAUUUCCUGAGGCUGUGUGUUCUCAAAGUGACCCAACAAAGUGAAAAGCAUUUGGAGAAGAUUCUAAAUGUGGAUGAAUUUGUGAAGAGGAUUUUCUCUGUGAUUCAUAGUAAUGAUCCCGUGGCAAGAGCUAUCACUCUCCGGAUGUUGGGAAGUCUGGCGUCCAUAAUCCCUGAGAGGAAGAAUGCUCAUCACAGUAUUCGGCAGAGUUUGGAUUCCCAUGACAACGUAGAAGUUGAAGCUGCCGUUUUCGCUGCUGCAAACUUCUCUGCACAGUCAAAGGAUUUUGCUGUAGGAAUCUGCAACAAAAUCAGUGAAAUGAUUCAAGGUUUAGCUACACCAGUGGACCUAAAGCUGAAGCUGAUCCCCAUCCUGCAGCACAUGCACCAUGAUGCUCUCUUGGCCUCCAGUGCACGGCAGCUUCUGCAGCAGCUGGUCACGUCCUACCCCUCCACCAAGGUGGUCAUCGUGUCUCUGCACACCUUCACCCUGCUGGCAGCCUCAUCUUUGGUUGGCACUCCUCAGCAGAUUCAGCUUCUGUUGCAGUAUUUGAAGAGCGAUCCCAGGAGAGCAGUGAAGAGACUUGCUAUUCAAGAUUUGAAGUUGCUUGCUAAUAAAACGCCACAUACUUGGAGUAAGGAGAAUAUUCAGGAUCUCUGUGAGUGUGCCCUCCAGACUCCCUAUGACAGCUUAAAAUUAGGGAUGGUGUCUGUCCUUUCUACGCUUUCCGGGACCAUCGCCAUCAAACACUACUUCAGUGUUGCUCCAGGAAAUGUAGGUUCUUCCCCCCGAUCCUCUGAUCUAGUCAAGUUAGCCCAAGAAUGCUGUUACCACAGUAACAGGGGCGUCGCAGCCCAUGGAGUGAGAGUGCUAACCAACAUGACUGUGUCUUGUCAAGAAAAAGACCUUUUGGCAUUGGAGCAAGAUGCGGUCUUUGGCCUGGAAUCCCUCCUGGUGCUAUGUAGUCAAGAUGGUAGUCCAGGUGCUCAGGCCACUUUAAAGAUUGCCCUCAGUUGUAUGGUGAAGCUGGCCAAGGGCCGGCCCCAUCUGAGCAGGUCGGUGGUCGACACCCUGCUGACCCAGCUGCACAGUGCUCAGGAUGCUGCCCGGAUCCUCAUGUGCCAUUGCCUGGCCGCCACUGCCAUGCAGCUGCCAGUGCUGGGCGACGGAAUGCUUGGUGACCUCAUGGAGCUCUACAAGGUGAUUGGAAGAUCUGCCACGGACAAGCAACAGGAACUCCUGGUGAGUCUGGCUACUGUGAUUUUUGUGGCCAGCCAGAAAGCAUUGUCCGCUGAUGUCAAGGCAGGAAUCAGGCAGCAGCUGGAAAAUGUCUCCAAUGGCUGGACCGUGUACCGGAUUGCCAGGCAGGCUUCCAGAAUGGGUAAUCAUGACAUGGCCAGAGAGCUUUAUCAGAGUUUGCUGACCCAAGUUGCCUCAGAACACUUCUACUUCUGGCUGAAUAGUUUGAAGGAGUUCUCACAUGCAGAACAGUGUCUGACUGGGUUACAGGAGGAGAAUUACAGCUCAGCACUUUCUUGCAUUGCUGAGUCUUUAAAAUUCUACCACAAAGGGAUUGCUUCCUUGACAGCUGCCAGCACACCACUGAAUCCUUUAAGUUUUCAAUGUGAAUUUGUGAAACUCAGGAUUGAUCUUCUCCAGGCCUUCUCCCAGCUCAUCUGUACUUGCAACAGCCUGAAAACAAGCCCCCCUCCCGCCAUAGCCACCACAAUUGCCAUGGCCUUAGGCAGUGACCUUCAGAGGUGCGGCAGAAUCUCUAGUCAGAUGAAGCAGGCCAUGGAAGAGUUCCGAAGCCUUGCUUCCCGGUACCGGGAUCUUUAUCAGGCGUCCUUUGAUGCUGACUCCACGACUUUGAGGAACGUAGAACUACAGCAGCAGAGCUGCCUACUCAUCUCCCAUGCCAUUGAAGCCCUGAUUUUGGAUCCAGAAUCAGCAAGUUUCCAGGAAUAUGGACCCACUGGAGCAGCCCAGGCUGAUAGUGAGUUUGAGAGAAGAAUGCUGUCGGUGUACAGUCACGUCUUACAGGAGGUGGAAUCCCUCAGCCGGAAAUACGCCCCUGUUUCCUACAUGCACACAGCUUGCCUCUGCAAUGCCGUCAUCGCCUUGCUGAAAGUUCCUCUUUCAUUUCAGAGAUAUUUUUUCCAGAAACUGCAGUCUACCAGCAUCAAGCUUGCUCUGUCGCCAUCUCCCCGGAACCCCACGGAGCCAAUUGCUGUACAGAAUAACCAGCAGCUGGCCCUGAAAGUGGAGGGCGUGGUUCAGCACGGCUCAAAGCCAGGGCUCUUUCGCAGAAUUCAGUCUGUGUGCCUGAACGUUUCUUCCACACUGCAGAGUAAAUCUGGACAAGACUACAAGAUACCCAUUGACAACAUGACCAAUGAAAUGGAGCAGAGGGUUGAGCCUCAUAACGAUUACUUCAGCACCCAGUUUCUGUUGAACUUUGCUAUCCUUGGAACACACAACAUUACAGUGGAGUCCUCAGUGAGAGACACCAAUGGCAUUGUGUGGAAGACUGGCCCCAGAACUAACAUAUUUGUUAAAUCCCUGGAGGACCCCUAUUCCCAGCAAAUUCGCCUCCAACAGCAGCAAGCCCAGCAGCCUUUGCAGCAGCAGCAGCAGCAACAGCAGCAGCAGCAGCAGCGCAAUGCCUACACUCGGUUUUAACCGUACCAUGAGCACAAGCACGCUGUUCACCCAUUAAACUAGCAAGGGAGUCUAGUUUUGUUAUGCAUCAUUGCAUGAGUGUUACAGUGUGACAUCCAUUACUCACAGAUUUCUAUGAGGUGACAUUCUGGAUUUUUUUUUUUCCUCCUUAAAAAUUUCGUUUAAGGGCUGGGUGUGGUGGUACACGCCUUUAAUCCCAGCACUCGGGAGGGCAGAGGGCAGAGGGCAGA